GUUACGGUCACGCCAGUAGUUGUAAUUUCUAGUCAGAUAAAAAUAUGCCGCUACGAUACUUCCGAUGACAAAGCUGCCGAAGGAGCAGAGAAUGAUGAUGCGGUUCUGGAAAAAGCAAAUAAAGGACGCGUUAUACCGAGAGGUGACGGACGCAUUUCUUUCUUUCUCUCAACUUCAGCGAUAAACACUGAUAAAUAAUCAGCGACUGGAUUUCGUAAGCGACGAUCAUACGUGGAUCGGCCUACAGAGGUCGUGCGGGUUCCAGGGCGAUAUCUUUAGCUCGAGAGGUUGUUUCAAAGAGCGCGAACGAUCAGUAGCGCAUCGUCGUCGCCGGUGAUGUGUUACUGUAUGUCAGUUGUGUGCGUCGUCUUCUCCUGUUAAUUGUAUAUAGGAGCUUGAAUAGGCUUCAACAGGUGGUGAAGCCAAACUCGAACACAGUGACGAUGCUCGCCGAUAUGACGGAGUCUCGAUACGAAGAUGAUGAUGUCGUGCGGCAGCUGACGAGCGAGGAAAAAGAGUACGCGGCCAAGUACCUGAACGAGACCGACGAAGGCAGGGCGAACGCGGUCGCAGAGAUCAGACGUUGGCUCUUGGAGAACGACAACAUGUGCUCGCGCACGGAUGAGUUCUUCAUCUUACGGUUUCUGCGCGCUUGCAAAUUCGACAUCGAGAAAGCCAAGGCCAAAAUGCGAAACUAUCACCAGCAACGAUCCGAUCUGCCGGAAUGGUUCGCAAACAAGGAUCCGUUUCUGCCGGAACUACAACAGAUGUUUGAUUUGGGAGUAUUCUUGCCGUUGCGGAAGCUGGACAAUCAGGAGAGGAUGGUCAUCAUCGUGCGGCCGACUCUGCACGACCCGUACAAGCAGCAGAUAUCGGACGUACUGAAGGUCUGCAUGAUAGUGUUCGACUUGAGUUCGAGGAGUCACGUGUCGGGAUCAUUGCGUGGAGUCUUCGCGAUCAUAGACAUGCAGGGCGUCCGUUUCGGUCACGCCCUUCAAUUGCGGCCCAACGUCAUAAAGAGUCUGGUGCAUUCGUGGCAGGGCUGCUGCCCCAUCAGGAUUCAGUCAAUCAACUUCAUCAACGUGCCGAUCUACGUCGACGUAGUCCUGUCGAUCUUCAAGCAAUUCAUGAACGCGAAGCUGAAGCAGAGGUUGUACAUCUCCAGGCAGGGCGUGAGGAACAGCUGCAGGGAGCUGCCAACGGAGAUCUUACCGACCGAGUACGGCGGUACCGACUGUUCACUGCAGGAAUUGAAAGAAUACUGGAAGAAAAUGGCCAUAGAGAAUCGCGACUGGCUCGCCAAUGACGAAAAGUACAAGAUGCUUUCCGAGAGCGCGAAGUAAGUCGAUUGUGGCUCUUGGGGGUCUAUUCUGUAACUUUUAACGAUGUUGUCGCUGCACGGAAUAACAUCCGGCAUGACAUAUGGUAGAAAAGAUGCAACAUCAACAACGUAAGGAUAACAAUAUUGUUUCGAUUUGGAGAAAGAAAGUAGUUCAGUGAGCGCUCAGUGAUUGGAGGAAAUGCGAUGACGAGGAAAUGCACAGGAGCCUUAAGUCGAAAUUAAUUUCGUGUUCGUGCGCGGAGCGACGAAGGAUAGAAAUUAUUAAAGCAAUAAGAUGAAAGUGGUGCUAUUAUACAUUAUCAUAAGGAUAUCGUAGGAUGCAUAAAACAUUUUUAAAAAGAAAGAUACACACACACGCGAGAGUUUUUGGGUCCCAUUUUUAUGUAAGUAAAAUAAAAUAUACACAUUUUUACACA